UCGAGUUUUGCUGCAUUAAAGUGUUCAGCAUUUGCCAGAAUCAGUGCUGGGCUUCUCUUCUCGCUUGUGCCCCUGUAGCGGUGCAUCAAGGAGGGCCCUACUCCAGCUGCUAUGUGCUUGUGGACCACUGUUCAAGAAGACUGCACCACCUUAUUGACGUCAUGACGUCUGGAGAGCUUUAGUACAUGCUGGGAGUAGUCCACUGGCAGUGCCGCCUGCUGAGCUGAUUUCCAGCUCCCACCACUAGAAAUAGAGGGAAACAUUUCGUUGAACGAUCACUUCAUUUAAACAGCAAUCAAAAUUUCUGCAGCCAGAUUGGUUUAAGCUUACCAACACAAGAACAGAAACCCUGGUCACUUGCGGCUGGUCGCCAUGUGGUUCCUGGCGUUCUUUGCGCACCGACACCUAGACUUCCGGAUAGCAGAAGUUGAGUCCCUGGUGAAACUUUGUGGCGUUGAAGGCCAGUUGCAAUGGAAGAAGCCAGAGGGCGACCACGAGCACUCGCCCUUCUACUACUUUGAUUUGCCUUCUGAGGAGGUGGCCAAGAAAGUGGCGGGGCGGUCAAUACUGCUGAAAGGCUUGUAUGAGGUUUGGGGGUCGGGGCACACAGUAGAAGAGGUCGAAGCCGGCAUUCGAGCAUAUCCGGAGGAGCGGAAGGCGCCGUUUCUGGGGGAGGACGUCAGCUUCAAAGUGGUCGUCGACGGGUUUGGGAAGGCGUUCACGAUGGAGGAGCAACUGCAGAAGAUGGAGCGCUUUGCGUUCAUCCCCUGGAAAGGCCCCGUCCGCAUGAAGGACCCGGACGUCCGCUUCUGGAUCAUCGACAGCCUGGGGGGCUACGACCCGCUAGGUUUACCCCCCCUCCAGGACCGCAUCAUCUUUUUCGGACGGGAGAUUGGCGCUUCCGAACGGGGCGUGCUCGGCAAAUACGACCUCAAGAAGCGGAGGUACAUCGGUCCGACGUCGAUGGAUGCGGAGAUUUCGUUUCUCAUGGCUAACCAGGGCCUGGCUCGGCCGGGGAGUCUCGUCUUCGACCCCUUUUGCGGCACGGGCAGCUGUCUGAUCCCCGCGGCGCAUUUUGGAGCGCUCACGCUUGGGGCGGACAUCGACAUCCGGGUGGUCAAGUACGGCAAGCGGGGGCACACCAUCUGGAGCAACUUCGAGCAGUACGGGCUGACCGCGCCCGUCGCGAUCUUGCGCGCAGACAACCACCAGCAGCCGUGGCGAAACGACAUCCGGGAAACGUUCCACGCAAUCGUUUGCGACCCGCCGUACGGCGUCCGUGCGGGGGGCCGCAAAUCCGGCGGGAAGAAGCUCCUCUCCGGAAAGGCGGAACCUUACGUCUUGACGGAACAGCAGAAAGACGGCCACAUCCCUUCCACCGCCCCCUACACGCUCGCCGAGUGCUUACACGACUUGCUAGACCUUGCCGCGCGAACGCUAGUCAUCGGCGGUCGGUUAGUCUUUUUCGUGCCGUGUUCGGUUCCCGACUACGACCCAAAACAGUUACCAACGCACCCGAUUCUUAGGUUAGUGGCGAACAGCGAACAGUUGCUAACCCGAAAGUUUAGUCGCCGGCUGCUGACGAUGCAAAAGACGGGGCCGUAUACGGACGAGUUGGCCGCGGCGGCCGCGGAAACCAGCCGGGAAUUUAGGGAGCGCCACGUGGAGAUCGUCGAGCAGAGCCGGAACGAGGAGAUCAAGGCGCUUUUAUGUUCGUCGAAGCGAGGGGAAGAAGACGGGAACGAAGUUGAGGUCGCGAACGGGGAUGACGGGGAGGAUGGAGACGUGCCGGUUACGGAAGGCGGGGUGAGGGACGAACUGAGGACGUAUAGGGCGAAGUGGUGCUAAGACACGUGGCCCAUGUGUAUGUGGCUCUGGAUCCCUCUGUCCUCUUUAAAAGGGAGGCCGGUUCUGCUCGC